CGUUGCUUGGUCUGCCCGUGGUGAGAGUUUGGUGUGUGCAUGUGUCUGGGGCGGGUUGGGCUACCGGUACCACUGCGGUGGGUGUGGAUUACUGAAACUGCGCGUGUGUGUGAGGGGGGGUGUGGUGGUAGUAGUAGUAUUCUGUAUGGGGUGUGCGAGAAUGCGAGGUGAGUGCGGUACGGUACGAUACCAUGUACAUAGUAGAAUGAACCCACAUCGAUGACGGGUACCCUGCGUGUGGUAUGUGUGUGGUAUGUGUGUGUGUGUGUGUGUGUGUGUGUGUGUAUGUGUGCGCGCGCGCGUUGGUUUAUCUGUGUUCUCAUUUUUCAUAUUUUUGGCCCGGCACACGGGUGGGAAAGUGAGAUCGGAGCGCACUCCGAGUCCGAGAUACGGGAUGCGGAAACUACUCGGUGCGGCGGGCGGGUGCAGGGCAGGAUUCGACUGCCUAUUCGGGGGCGAGGGAGCGCGGACCCCACUCAGCAAGUGUGGGAAGUUGUACGAUUGAUUUCUGGGGGCUGGCGUUGGUGCUGUUUGUUCUGUGUGUUGUCUUGUCGUGCCCUUCCCCGAGGCGUAACGUGCUGUCGACUUACUUAUUGCCUAUCGUGUCUAUCCUUGGGGGGGGGGGGUGCGGUUGUGGUUGUGGUUGUGGUUGUGCCCGUUCUGGAAAGGAGGGGGACAUGAUUGGGUUCUUUUUCGGAAACAGGCCCGCCCAAUGAGGCGCCGGGAAGGACUAUGCAACACGACCGAUCCGGUAUGUGAUCCUAUCAUUAUUACAGAUUCAUUUCGGAGAGGGUGUGCGUGCGCGCGCUGUCUCUCUCUCUCUCUCGUAUUUUUCUUACUGCCUAAAUCGGACAUUGGCCGUUGUUGCGCAUAU